CCGCUCCAGCAGCUGCCGCCGCCACCACCGCCACCACCGCCGGGAGCUCGAUGGGCUUCUCUUGCGCGCCGCCCUGUGUCUGGCCGAGUCCAGGGAGCCGCGGCGCCUCGUGCCGGGGAGCCAUCGCUGCAGCCCGAGGCCGGAUCGCGGGUCGGGGGCUGCAGGGGGAGCGACGGCGGCGGCGACAGCCGAGCCCCACCGGGGGCCUGGGACUGGGGAACUGCCUCCAGCUUCACGAUGCCAGUAUGGACAGAAUAGCUUAUGAUGCUUAUCCCCGCCCACCACUUCCGAGACAUUGAGCGGAAGCCAGAAUACCUCCAGCCAGAGAAGUGCGUCCCACCUCCCCACCCCAGUCCUGUGGGAACCAUGUGGUUUAUCCGUGAUGGCUGUGGCAUCGCCUGUGCCGUUGUCACCUGGUUUCUGGUCCUCUAUGCGGAGUUUGUGGUCCUCUUUGUCAUGCUGAUUCCAUCGCGAGACUACGUGUACAGCAUCAUCAAUGGAAUUAUGUUCAACCUGCUGGCCUUCUUGGCCCUGGCUUCCCACUGCCGGGCCAUGUUGACGGACCCCGGGGCGGUGCCCAAAGGAAAUGCCACUAAAGAAUUCAUCGAGAGUUUACAGCUGAAGCCUGGGCAGGUGGUGUACAAGUGUCCCAAAUGCUGCAGCAUCAAGCCUGACCGAGCCCACCACUGCAGUGUUUGUAAGCGGUGCAUUCGGAAGAUGGACCACCACUGUCCCUGGGUCAAUAACUGUGUUGGCGAGAACAACCAGAAGUACUUCGUCCUGUUUACAAUGUACAUAGCUCUCAUUUCCUUGCACGCCCUCAUCAUGGUGGGAUUCCACUUCCUGCAUUGCUUUGAAGAAGACUGGACAACCCAUGGACCUAUCAGGGAAGAAACAGCAGAGGCCCAAAUAUCUCUUCAUGAAAAAAAGCAGCCCCUUAAAGUCAGUUCUACAGAGUGCAGCUCCUUCUCGCCACCCACCACAGUGAUCCUCCUCAUCCUCCUGUGCUUCGAGGGACUGCUCUUCCUCAUUUUCACAUCAGUCAUGUUUGGGACCCAGGUACACUCCAUCUGCACGGAUGAGACGGGCAUUGAGCGCCUCAAACGAAAGCACCAGCCCAGGGAACGCACAAGCAGCUGGAAGUCAGUCAAAGAGACCUUUGGUGGGGACUUUUCCCUGAACUGGUUCAACCCCUUCUCCGGACUGCGUCAUCCAAAGCCUCUCAGUGACAGUGGCUGGGUGCGACAGGUGGCAUCGCUGUCAGACACUGAGAACACAGAAACAACAGAGGAACACUCAGAGCAGAGGAAGGACGAGGACUCUGUGGAGGUGAUAGAUGAAUGAUACUGUGGGGAGAGGGCCAGGCACCAGGCAGCCGCAUCAUCCUACGUGCCGGCAUCAUCGCCACAGGGCUCCUGCGCACCACUCGCUCCCCUGCACCCACUGCUCCCUUCACACCACCCCCUUGGCUUUGCCGUCCUCUGACCCCUCCUCCCUCUCCCCACGUUGGACCAGUUCGGGGAUGGGGGUGGACUAGGGGUGACAGAGGAAGAUGAGAAACUUGCUCUGAGCUCAUCUGCCCAUGAGGGAUUGUCAGGAACCAUUCUCCGAGGCUGGGCGCCCUUCACAGCCUGUGCACCCUCACCCAGCAAAGGAGGCUCUGAAUAGGGCAGCCUGGGGGCAGAAAAGAACUGGCCUGUGUCCUUUCUUGGGAUGUCUGUCUUCUCUUGAGAAGGUUGGGGCCCAGGCUCCUGGCUUUUGAAAACUAAGGCUGUGUGGUUGUGAUGGAAGAACAGAGCAGGGCUGGCCUUGGGAACCUGGGGUGGGACACUGGCAUCAGGAGAGAUGGACCUGGAAAGGCUGAAGGGAUUCUGGUCACUCCCCCGAAAGGGCUUCCCCCUGGUGCCUGCCUAAACUAGAAGAAAGGCAUGGCGGCCUCAGCUACCUUCAGGGCUCAGGCUUGGUUUGGGAGAAGACUCCAACAGCAGGCUACACACACACACACAGGACAUGCCGAGGUUGGAAGCAAGCCUGAGUUAUGACAGUAACACCCAAACUUAGCUCCCGUUCUAUAGAUACUAGAAUCCCUGAGUCAGCUCGGAGGUGUCCUGCCUUGUGGCUAAAAAUCGGUCCGUUCCCACUGAAGGGUCGGGAGGAAGAACCUGUUUAGAGCUACCGGAACUCUGACCUCCCCUAUGAGAACUGCAUUGAACUGUCCGUCCUGGAGAGAGUCUAACCACCCACAUGGGCAGAACUGACCAGAAAUCUGGCCUGAAUGUUUUAGGCCAGUUCUCCCAAGACAGUGCCCAUCGUGUCUCUCUGAAAGGAUGGGUGGUGGCCAGAGCCCCCCGCCACACACACACACACACACACACACACACACACGCACGCACGCACGCACGCGCGCACACACACACACACACACACACACCACACACACACACACCACACACCACCAGAGAGGGCAUCUCUGGUGGGUCCCUGUGCUGCUGCCCACAGCUCUGCUUCCAGGCCAGCCCUAUGGGCAGACGUGGGGCACCCCUUGGGAUGUCUUCUUUACCCCAAAGGUCAGGAAGGGGCACCCUUGUUUAACACCCUUCUUUUCCUGGGUCUCGUCCAAGUCAGGACCCCUCUGGCUGGCCUGCCCCCUCUGCACCCCGAGGUGGAGGCCCACAGGGUCACAAAGGCAGCUUUAUUCCUGGGGAUCAGGGAGUGAAUGGGAGGUACAGAGGGAUGGAUCUUACCUCCUUGGCCAUGAGAGAGGAACUGAAGCAACAGGAUCAGCAAAUUCACAGACCACAUCUAGGGCCACAUCCAAGAUGGUUCCCAAGGAGAGGCAUUCCUGAAAAGGGGACCUGGGGUCCAGCAGCAUGUCCGGGGAGCACAGGGCUGGCUGUCCUCACCACGUGUGAGCUGGGAGUGCUCAGCAGGGUAAGGGCCUGGGAUGGGCCUGCCUGGUAUGAGGGGUAGGGGUGCUCUCCGAUCACUCCCAACGCUGCCUGGAGGAGGGGGAUGUUUCAGGUGUUAGAGUGAGAGUGAAAUGUCUGGAUGGGACCAGGUGAGGAGGCUGUGGCUUCCUUGGAGAAGGUUCAGGGGCUGUAUGGAGGGAGCAGGUAUGCAGGCUCCCUCACCAGGAGAGGUGGGGCUGUUCACCAUCUUCCUCCCUCCCUCCCUCAUCCCCCCACCCCCUCAUUGGCCCCCUUGAAGGUUCCUGAUUUUAACUUACCAACACCAUCAGUCAUCAAGUAGGAGGGACCACUGGGUCAUCCGCCACCACCAAGGGGCUGGGGCUCCUUCCACGUGGAAGACUGGACAUGCCUACUACACUACAGGUGCCUCGAAGGCUCACCAACCAUGGGGAAGCGUAGGGGCUGUGAAGUUGGGUUUCACGUGCCAUAGUUUCAAGUUGCCUGAAGUUGUCGAAAGUCAAAGGUGAACAGACAGCACUUGGCCCUCAGUCCUGCUUCUGGUUUGGCAGGCAGGCCCAGGCCCAGGCCCGGUGUGUGCAGAGAUCCGAGGGAAAGGCCCCGUCUACCUGCUCUUCCUCAGGUAGGCCCCCCUCAGGGAAGCAACAGGGGUGGGAUUUCAGGCAGGAGGAGGAGCGAGGAGAGAAUAUAUUUCCAGCAGGCCCAGACCAGUUCUGGCAGAAGACUCUACUUGGCUAGUGCUUCCAGGGCUGAUGUACUCUGGGGCUGAAGAGGUGGUCCCUCCUCACGGGGCAAGUGGGCAGCAGCUUCUGAUAGCCUGUUUCUCCAGGGAGGGACUCUGUGGCUGUGGACGCCUUUGGUUCUGACUGCAGAUAGUGGUGGCCCUGCUCUUCGAGGCCAUGACUCAAGGCAGGGAGGUGAGGUUCUGUGGCCCAGGCUGGGGGUUUCUAGCUGUCAACAGGCUACCCUGUGAUUCCACACGACCUGGCCUAGUGGGUCCUGCUGCCUGUGAUUUGUGUUGGCCUUUGAACGCUUUCACCCAGCUGGCUCUUGAAUCUGCCCUCCUAUGAGUAAUCAAAUCUAAUCAUCUGAAAUCUAAUGAGUAAUAAAAUCUAAUUAUCUGAAAGCUAAUCCCAAAGCAGGAAAUGCUGAAACGCUCAACCAAGGCUUAGAGCCAGUCAGAGCUGCUGCCUCUUUCCAAGGCAUCAGGCAAAGGCUAGUUGUGAUGAGAACAGUCUUCUCAGCAUGAACCUCUUUCACCUGAUUGGAACUAAACUUGAUAAAUUUCUCAAGUCCAGCUAUUGUUGGGAUGCCUUUUAUUUGGAAUCUAAUGGUCUCACCUGGCUUCACCGUCGUGGAAGAUUCAGACACACAGACAUGCAUUCAGCUGAGGAUGUUGCAGGAGAGGGGAAGUAAGUUGUGUGAGAAACCAAGAGUCCCAACCUCAGCUCAGCCUCUUUGAAGGGUCCUGGCCAUUGCUGGACACAGCACGUAGGCAUCCAUGCUGGGUGCUGUGAGAAGCACCUAGGGAGCUUUUGAUGAAUACUGAUGAUUAAACCCAUGCUGGAGAGUCAGAUGCAGCCUGUCAGGGUUGGAACAGGGCACCAGGGCGGGGCAGGGGUGCCAGUAGCAUCUCAGCUGUUGGCAGCACUGUUUAUAAACUGACAAGCUAAGGACAAGUUUAACCUCUGACUUGCUGUGUCUGAUCCACAGAGUGAUUUUUACAACUUGAAUUAAUUGCCGCAUUUUAAGACCCAGGAGCUUUACAUUGUAGAAGAACACACACACUCCUCUAGCUUAUUCUGAAAGGUCAGAAGAUCUGGAAGUGCAGGGCCCACGUUCCUACACAGUCUCAGUUAGAUGAGCUGAGUGGCAGCACCCACUCCUGUUUACCACGGUCCUUCCUGUUCCUGUUUGUCCACAACACCCCACUGUCCCCAUUGUUACCGCCAACUGGUCUAGCCAGUUUGAGUCUGUGCCCCCUGGGUCUAUAGGCUUCCUCUUCACUCACCAUCACCCUGGGGGAAGACAAAGGGCCAGAAACAAGCAUGACCUCUGGAGCCAGACAGACCUGGGUCCUCUUAGGCACUCAGGCCAUUCUCUGUCCAUUUUCCUCUUGCUGUUUGGCCCAUUUGACUUUCACGGAUGUGCCAUGCGGUGAACAGGUGUUAUUAUCCCCAUUUUAUAGAUGAGGAAACUGAGGUUCAGUUUCUGAGGCUAGCUAAAGGCCAGUCCCCUGGCUAGUUAGAAUAAACUGGCCCCAGUAUGGCACUUACCUGAUCUGGGACACAGCUCUGAUGCUUUAGAUGACUCCACCGCCCCUUUGGGCCUCAGUAUUCUCCGAUGUAAAGCAAGGUGGUUAAACCAGCUUCCAGGGGCUCUUCCAGCUCUGACAUUUCACAAACCCUCCUAGGAAUCCUGCCCGCGUUUACAGAUGUUCUUGCUCCAUGCGUAUUAGCAACAGUUGUUUCAUAUGAAAUCCAAGAGGAACAUCUGUUUUAUGAUGGAUCACAGAAAACGUAUCAUCUAGCCUCUCACUACUAAAAUGUGCUCUGGGGGCCACACUACUGGCAACACUGGCAUCACCUGGGAGCCCUGUUAGAGACACAGAUUCUGAGCCUCCAACCCCACCUGCUGAAUCAGAAUACACAUUUUAACAAUAUUCCCCCAGUUAAUUUGUCUGUAUCUUAAGGUCUAAGGAAAACAGUAGUUUACUGGUUUUUCCUUGGAAUAUUCAGACACCCUAUAAGAAACAGACCGUCAGAAACCUUCGUUCAGGAACAAAGCAUUAGAGUUUGGUCAAGUCCUUUGCUAGAUCUAUCAGCGUAUCAAAAUCAAUAGUUUCCAUAUAGUCCAGCAAGCAAGUACAAAAUAUAAUGAAAAAUAUUUCAUUCACAAAAGCUAUAAAUACAUCUUGCAAGUAAUCCAACUAGGAAUGUGCAAAUUGUGUAUGAACAAUAAAACUUUUCUAAAUGUAACAAAGAAGACCUGAAUAAAUGGAACAGUAUCCCACAUGCCUAGAUGGGAAGACUCAGUGUAGUCACUUGGCAUGAUUCUCCCCCCGAUAACUUGGUAAAUUCAAUGCAGUGCCAAUCUCAAUCCCAACAGCUUUUAAAAGUUCUAUGGACAAGAAAAACAGUGGUGAGGAGCAUUUGCCUACUACGUAUCAAUAUGUACUAUAGAACUACAAUACUUUAGAUGGUAUGACAUUGCAGUAGGAGAAGAUAAAUAAGCAAAUUAAAGAGUCCAGAGACCCAGAUGUAUGAAAGCAGCAUUUCAAAACACUAGGAAAUGAUAGAUUAUUUGAGAAAGUUGGAGCUCUAUCUACAUCACUCCACACGCUAAAAAAUUAAAUUCCAGGUGCCUAAUAGUAUAAAGCCAAAAGUUUUAGAAAAAGCAUAGAAAACAUAUUCUUGGGGUGACAUGAAACCCAGUAUCCCUAAAGGAAGGAAUUAACAAAUUUGGCUACAUUAAAAUGGCAAAGUUCUAGUGGUGAAAGGCAUUUAGAGGUUAAAAAAAGACUGAAAUGAUUUGCAGCAAUAACACUUUUCUGUAUAAAGACUACACACAAUACGAACAAAUUAAUGACUCAAAAUAGGUAAAGGAUAUGAACAAGCAAUUCACAGGAGAUAGUUAAUUAACAUAAAAAUAUUCAGCCUCACAAAUAGAAAUGCAAAUUAAAACAACAGUGAAAUUAUUCAACCAUUUAUAUCGGCAAAAAUCAAAAAGAUCUGUCGGUGGAGAAUAAAUCAAUGCAAUCUCUUCCCAAAGCAAUUUGGCAUUAGCAAAAUGUAUCUAUAUUUUGACCCUAUAACCCCCUACUGUGAAUUCACAUCUCAGAAAUACCUGCACACAUGAGCAAAGAUCUAUGUCCUGGAGAGAUUUUCUGCACUGUUUGUAAGAACAGCUUAAGUGGACUCACCCUUGGUCAAUGGUCUACAGCAGGGAGACGCCCAGGCUUUCCACAGAGGACUUGGUGUCUGUCAAAGGGAUGUGCGGGGCAUUUUAGAAGAUGUAAGUGCCGAUAAGUGGCUGGCCAAUUCUGCCUGUGUCAGGCAGCUGUGGUGGGGUGGGGAUGAGAAGAGGGGGAGAAGGUGUGUGAGUCAGGUACAUGUUUUCAUGGUAAGUUAAAGCAGAGAAAUAGAACCAAAAUGAUGCGUUAUAUCAAGCCAGGAAAAUGUGUGUGUGUGUGUGUGUGUGUCUGUCUGAAGGCUUUAGGGGAGAAUCUGUUCCAUGCCUUUCUUUAGCUUCUGGUGUUGCCAGCAAUCAUGUAUAUGUAUAAAUAACCUGACAUCCUGAGCUUUGUCAGACUCUCUUUUAAGGAACUCAAGACAUGUUAUCCCAUGCCAACCAGAGUUCAAGCCUGACCUGUAUGUUGGCCUCUUUUCAGCCCUAAGCGGGAUCCCUCUUCACCAAACUAAGGACCGUCCUGCACCACCCAGCCCCAUCUGCAGCCUGUGGUUCUCAGAUGCCCCAUCUAGCAAGACAGACAGUUGCAAGGGCUUCCCCAGAAAGGCCCUUUAAACAAGGGACAUUUGUGAGGGAGGAUUCCCAUAGAUGCCCUUCCAGAGCUCCAGGGUUAAUACACAGGCUCCCGCCCACCACACCAGGGCUCCCUUCCAUACCCUUGGAUAUCAUACCUCCUCACAGACAAGACCCCAAAUCCCAAAAGGGGCCUGUCAGUCAAGUUGCCUCACAGAGCAGCCCAGAGAAAGAAGCAGAACUGAAGCUAAGCUCUGUUCUUCCCUCAGAGUGCCCCUACCUCUAAUCUGGCCAGAGCACCUGACACUGGUGUAACCACUUCCCCCACCUGGCCCUAGAUGAGCCCUCUUCCUCGGACCCACACCUCAGGCCUGGUGCCCCUCCUCCACCCAGGGAUCCCCUGGGCUUACAUCAUGUUUUGCAUUUUUCAGGCUUCACCUCACUUGUAACAUUCAUCCAAAUAUCUAGCUCUUCCGAAACAGUUCCCACUCCCCACCAACACCCUGUGCUUUCUCCAUGCCUUUGGCAACGCAGAUAUAUUAGCUAAAACCUCUUAAUUCCUGAAAUACCGUCAGAGCCAAUUAAAAGGCAGGCCAGCCAAGCAAAGCUAGAGCGCCUGUUAAAAAGCACCUCAGGGCUUCCCCGGUGGCGCAGUGGUUGAGAAUUUGCCUGCUAAUGCAGGGGACACGGGUUCGAGCCCUGGUCUGGGAAGAUCCCACAUGCCGCAGAGCAACUAGGCCCGUGAGCCACAACUACUGAGCCUGUGCGUCUGGAGCCUGUGCUCCGCAACAAGAGAGGCUGCCGUAGUGAAGAGGCCCGCGCGCUGCGAUGAAGAGUGGCCCCCGCUUGCCGCAACUAGAGAAAGCCCUCGUACAGAAACAAAGACCCAACACAGCCAAAAAUAAAUAUAAAAAUAAAUGAAUAAAAAUAAAAGAUUACCAAAAAAAAAAGGCACCUCAAACAUCCCUGGAACCAUGACUGCCUGGAGAGAGGUGCGUUUUCCCAGACUUCUCUCAGGAGGUGGAAGAAAUACUCUGCUAAGCCACUUGGGUGAGGGUGGCAAGUGGGAUGUGCAGGGCAUUUUAGAAGAUAUAAGUGCCGAUGAGUGGCUGGCCAAUUCUGCCAGCGGUAAUGAAAGCGGUAAUGAAAUUAGCGGUAAUGAAAGACCGCUAACUGCCUUCCAGGAGGGUGGGCCCCUGUAACUUUUGCAUGUUUAGAAUUUUGUACAAUGUGCAAGUAAUUACUUAUUCCAAAAAUUAAAAUGUUAAGAAUUUAGUUGACCAAAAAUGUAAAAAAAAAAACUGUUUGAUCCAUCACUU